GCCAGGUGCACCUUGAUGUGGUACCUCUUCCAGCGAGAAAGACUCCUUCGCAGCGUGUCCAUCCUCUCCAGCUCUCCGGGGACAGUGUGGCAGAGAGGAGCAUCCAGCUGGGAGGUCUCUGUCAAGAACAACAGCUACACUACAGGCCAUGGAGAUUUCCCUGUGCACUUGAUAGGAACUGAAACUUCUGCUAGCAAGUUUUUCUUUCUGGAUUUGUUCACCGUAGAGGUAGAGGAUGAGCUGGUAGCUCUGCAGAAGAAGUUGAAAGGAACCGAAGAUGAGCUGGAUAAGUACUCCGAGGCUCUCAAAGAUGCCCAGGAAAAACUGGAGCAGGCUGAGAAGAAGGCCACUGAUGCUGAAGGUGAGGUGGCAGCUCUGAACAGACGUAUCCAACUAGUGGAAGAGGAGUUGGAUCGUGCCCAAGAACGGCUGGCCACAGCCUUGCAGAAACUGGAGGAGGCUGAGAAAGCAGCGGAUGAGAGUGAGAGAGGAAUGAAGGUUAUUGAGAACAGAGCAAUGAAAGAUGAAGAAAAAAUGGAAAUCCAGGAAAUGCAACUGAAGGAGGCCAAGCAUAUUGCUGAAGAAGCUGACCGCAAAUACGAAGAGGUUGCUCGUAAAUUGGUUAUUUUGGAGGGUGAGCUAGAAAGAGCUGAAGAGCGUGCAGAGGUGUCCGAAGUUAAAUGUAGUGACCUUGAAGAGGAGUUAAAGAAUGUCACUAACAAUCUGAAGUCUUUGGAAGCUCAAUCUGAAAAGUACUCAGAAAAAGAAGAUAAAUAUGAAGAAGAAAUCAAGAUUCUCUCUGACAAGCUGAAAGAAGCUGAAACUCGUGCUGAAUUUGCUGAGAGAACAGUUGCCAAACUGGAAAAGUCUAUCGAUGAUCUGGAAGAAAAACUUGCUCAAGCGAAAGAAGAGAACUUGGGCUUGCACCAGACACUGGACCAGACACUAAACGAACUGAACUGUAUAUGAAGCAGGGAAGAGGAGCUCAGCAGCCCCCUGAGGCUUAAACCCUCACCUCCUGUACCGCGCCACUCCUCUCCCUUUCCCUCUCUGUACCCUGGAAGACAAAAAAAAAACACCAACAAACUUUAAGUUAUGACCAGUACCGAAACACGAAGGGCUCCGGGGGUGACGGGGAGGGAGCCUCGUGCGUUCGGUGCUGCCCCCGGCCCGAGCCGCCCGCUCUGGGGGUGGCUGUGGGGCCGGAGUCGGCGCCACCCCCCACCCCUCCCCCGCUGGCGGUGCCCGGCGGCCAUUAAACGGUUCUGUCAGC